UAGUCUUUAUGUCGCAGCCACCAGCGACGAAGCGUGCGGCCACUGAGGAGCAGAUGGAAGCUCUGGUCGAGCGAACCAAGGAGGCUGAAGAGAAGCUUAUCGCUGAGAAAAAGGCACUUCGAGCAAUUGAGAAACCGAGGUCUUCGGGCUCAGCGUCUAUGGCUGCACUCGCCCGACAGGGCCUUGCUGGUGGGGACACCAUGGCCCUCGACCGGGUCCUUCACACGACUAAUAAUGCCGUUAUGGCAGCUACUGCUAGGGACAUAACUGGUCCUGAGGCUGCACAGAUCUUGUCGCACAUUUGCGUGGCGUUGGACAAGUCCCCGACCCGAGCCAUGGUCCUUGCGGAAUGGGCUCGCAAUUUACUAUUGGUCCAUGCUGGGUAUCUCUCGGGGCAUCCUGAGGACACCAGUGCAGUCAUCGCUCCUCUGUUGGAGUCUUUCCAUCAACGUAGUGCCUACUUCUCUGCUCUGUCGAAGCUGCAUGGUAGAGUACAAGCAAUUAUAAACGUAUGCACUGCUACUCAACAGCACUCAGCCAAGCAGACUCCUGCCGAGCCUCUGGUGAAGCACGGCGGAGACGACGAUGCUGCCUAUGAUAACGACGUCGCUAUGGACUCGGAUGGUAUGGCCUCUGAGAGUGACGACGAGGAGGAGGAGGAGGAAGGCUCCGACUCAGACUGAAGCCCUUCGAAGCUCAACCUGUCUUGAGACUGUAUCAAAGACAGCCGAUUGAAUCACGUUAAAGUAUGAUACCACUAGUACUAAGUCAUUGUAUAGCAUUCUAUCACCAGUGGUGGUCAUGUACGUUCCUAGAGUAUCACCAGUCGUGGUG